UGGAGGACAAAAUGGAAGACGCGGGGGCCGUUUUCGUCGACUUGGACAAAGUGCACGACGAGGAAACUAAGCAGCUUUUCGAUUUUGGUGAGAAAAAAAAAAAAAAAAAAAAAAAAAGAAGUCACAGAAAAGAUAGAGGAAAUAAUCAUUGACGGAACAGGGAAAGUAUUUGAAAGAGGAGCAGUGUAUCCAUACGAAGAACUCUUACAUAGAAUACAAGAUUUAGUAAAUAAGCACAACAUAGAUUUGUGUAUAUCGAAAAAGUAUACCAUUAAACCGCCACAAGUUGUUAGGGUUGGUUCAAAAAAAGUCGCAUGGAUUAAUUUUAAAGACAUAUGUACAAUUAUGAACAGAAAUGAAGAACACGUUUUUCAUUUUGUCUUAGCCGAAUUGGGAACGGAAGGAUCCAUAGCAGGAGAGGGACAAUUAGUUUUAAAAGGAAAGUAUGGCCCGAAGCAUAUCGAAGCCUUGUUAAGAAAAUAUAUAACGGAAUAUGUGACAUGUCAGAUGUGCAAAAGUCCAAAUACAACCAUGGAAAAGGAUAGCAGAACUCGACUUUUCCACCAGCACUGUAAUGCUUGCGGAGCUAAAAGAUCGGUCACCACCAUUAAGAGUGGUUUCCACGCCUUGGGAAGAGGUGAGAGAAGAAAGGCAAAGCAUACCAAUUGA